CCGGCUCCGGCUCCGGCUCCGCUCGGUGCGCGGCUCGCGGGGGUCCCGGCCCAUGGCGGGGCGCUGAGCCCCCCGACCCCCACCAUGCUCUGGGGGGGCUUCUUCCUGCUCUGCCUGCUCCAAGGGGCGCUGGCCGCAGGACGCCCCCCCGGCAGCGAGGGACGGAGGGCUCGGGACGCGGCCGAGGGGACCCGCAUCAGCCAGGACCUGGGCGGCGGCAGCCUGGCCAUCGACACCCUGCCCGCCAACGAGACCCGCAUCGUGGAGGACAACCACAGCUAUUACGUGUCGCGGUUCUACGGCCCGGGGGACGCGCGGCGCCGCCAGCUCUGGGUGGACCUGGCGGCCGCCAACGGGAGCCACGUGAGGGUGCACGGGAUCCUGUCCAACACGCACCGGCAGGCCUCGAGGAUUGUCCUGUCCUUUGACUUCCCCUUCUACGGCCACCUCCUGCGGCAGGUCACCAUCGCCACCGGCGGUGACUCCCUUCACACUCAAUCCACCCAGCUACACGCCACCCGUCUCGCCCCCCUCAUGGCCAACUUCAACCCCAGCUACUCCCGAAAUUCCACCGUGCAGUACCUGGACAAUGGGACGGUGUUUGUGGUGCAGUGGGACAAGGUUUACCUGCAGGGCAAGGAGGACAUGGGCAGCUUCACCUUCCAGGCCGCCCUGCACAGCAGCGGGAGGAUCGUGUUCGGCUACAAGGAGAUCCCGGUGCCAGUGCUGCAGAUCAGCGCCAGCCAGCACCCGGUCAAGGCCGGGCUCUCCGACGCCUUCAUGGUGCUCAACCCUUCUCCCGACGUGCCUGAGUCGCGGCGCCGCACAAUCUACGAGUACCACCGCGUGGAGCUGGACACCAGCAGGAUCAGCAGCCGGUCAGCUGUGGAGUUCACCCCGCUGCCCACCUGCCUGCAGCACCGGAGCUGUGAAACGUGCCUGAGCUCGGAGCUGACCUUCAACUGCAGCUGGUGCCACGUCCUGCAGAGGUGCUCCAGUGGCUUCGACCGGUACCGGGAGGAGUGGCUGAGCUACGGCUGCGGCCAGUCGGACGGGCAGACCUGUGAGGAUCUGGCCGAGGGUGGUCGUUACUCGGCGCCCCCGGGCAGCUCCGUGUCGGUGUCACCUGGAGCUGUCACCUCGCCCACGGCCUCGCUCUUCCUCGACAGCCUCACCACCGAAGAUGACACCAAACUCAACCAGUUUGCAGGAGAGGGGAGCAGCCUGCCCUCACAGAGCAGGGGUGCCCCAAUCCCCACGGGCACCGUGGUUGGCAUCGUGGUGGCCGUGCUGGUGCUGGCCGGUGCCAUCCUGGCCGGGAUCUACAUCAGCGGCCACCCCACGUCCGGCGCCGCCCUCUUCUUCAUCGAGCGGAGGCCGCACCGCUGGCCCGCCAUGAAAUUCCGGAACCACGGCAACCACGGCUCCUACGCCGAGGUGGAGGCGGCCAGCCAGGAGAAGGAGGGGUUUGUGGAGGCCGAGCAGUGCUGAGCGCUUCUCCUGGGGAUCCAUCCCGAGGGAUCCGUCCUGAGGGAUCCAUCCUGAGGGAUCCAUCCUGAGGGAUCCGUCCUGAGGAAUCCAUCCUGAGGGAUCCUGAGGAAU